AUGGUUGGGAAAUCAAAGUCCGUAGAAAAGGAAAUAGAGAUACUAUAUGAGAUGGUGGACAGUACUCGUUUCACAGCAAUUGAAUGGAGUAAAAGCGGACGAUGCAUUGUUAUAAGGAACCCCGGGAUGUUUAGAUUUAUUACCGGGCCGUUUUUUGGAUUUUGUACUGGAAUAGAAGAAUUUAAAAGGCUUCUGGAGAGCUAUGGAUUCAAGAAGAUUGGAAGAUCUGGACUGAAGUAUUAUAACAAAUUUUUCCAAAGGCAGAAGAAGAAUUUCCUUGGUAUGAUAUACAAGGUGAACCAUAAAAGCGACAGGGAGAUACCUAAGGAAGAGAUCGAUUCGAUGAAUGAGAACAUCCGCAUCAUGAUGAGCGAGGUUCCUCAAAUGAUUGGAAGACUUAGAGAAAACGAGAAAAAGAUUUCAAAACUUCGGGAUUCUCUGUUUUCUUUGUGCUCGCACAUGAAGACAUUGAAGCCGUAUCAUGAAUUUAAAAGCAUAAAUUACGAUCCAAGUAACAAGAUUGAGUUUGAGGAAUCGAUGUUAGAAUGGGCAAAGAGAUAUUUCCAAGACAAUGCAAACUGCUCGUUUGGAUUCCUCGAUGAGGUUGGAGAUUUGGAGGUUCCCAAGGUUCCCCAAAAGUCCCCUCCGAAGAAAAAGGAGAAGGAGAAAGUCAAGAAGACUUCGGGAAUAACUGUGAACCUGAAGGUGAAAAGGCAUAAGUUCAAUGAUAUUGUCCAAGACUUUCAAUAA